ACAUAAAAAUUAUUAUUUUUAUUCAGAAUGCAUUAUAAAAGGGUGAACAUUGAAAAAUUUAUAAAUGAAAAAUCUUUUAUUCUGGCAAUAUUUUUCCUCUUAACGAUCGGUUUUUCACGAGGUCUGAAUUGUAGCGGAGAUCCUUGUAUGUACGGAAUAUGUUUAGAAGAUAUAAACAGCACUUAUUCUUGCUAUUGUAUCGAUGGUUACACUGGAAUCAAUUGCGAAAUCAAUUGGAAUGAUUGUUGGUCUAAUCCUUGUUUAAACGGAGGAACAUGCAACGAUGCUGUUGCUGCUUAUAACUGCACUUGUGCCGAAGGGUUUGUAGGUAUAAACUGCGAGCAAAAAUAUAGCGAAUGUUCGAAUCAACCCUGUCUAAAUAACGGAACUUGUCUCGAUUACGAUGGUAUUACUUGUCAAUGUCCUGAUGGGUACUCAGGAGAUUAUUGCGAAAUUGACGCUUCGGUUUGUAAUAAUACAAUAUGUAAAAAUGGAGGUGAAUGUGUGGAAGGACCUGGAUUUUCUUUCUUUUGUCGUUGUUCUGAAGGUUGGACAGGUCGAUUAUGUGAUGAAGAUAUCGAUGAAUGUAUUACAUUGCCAUGUAAGAAUGGUGGUCUUUGCAUUAAUAUUCCUGCGUCGUAUACUUGUGCUUGUUUGUUUGGAUAUACAGGUAAAGAUUGCGAUAAAACGAUUGUACCCUGCGAAGAAAAUCCUUGCAAAAAUAAUGCAGUAUGCUUAUUCGAGGACGAACGUCAAGUUUGUUAUUGUGUACCAGAUUAUCAUGGUGCAUUAUGUGAAUUAAAAUAUGAUGAUUGUGAAUCCAAAUUUGCAAACUGUGAGAACGGAGGUACUUGUAUCGAUGGUAUCAACAGUUUUACUUGCGUUUGUCCAAUAUUUUAUAGUGGACCAUUUUGCAAUAUCUAUGAUUUUUUAUCGACUACUUCGUUUUUCGAAGAAACAUUUGAGACUGAUAACGAAGAAAGAAGUACUGCUUUUACUUUACUUGUAAAAUCAUCGGCACUGCCAAAAAUUGAUACAUCAUUGUCAAUGAGUACUUCCAUAGAAACGCAACCUUCAACUUCCUUUAAAAGUACCAAUCAUUUCUAUACAAUAUGGUACCCUUUUAUAGAAACAACCACCUCAAGUUAUAAAAACGGUGUUAAUUUUUUUAGUAGUAGUACUACUACUACUACUAGUAGUAGUAGUAGUAGUAGUAGUAGUAGUAGUAGUAGUAGUAGUAGUAGCGAUACUAGUAAUAACAUUAGCAAAAGCAGUGUAGAAAGUACUCCAUUUAUUACCGAUAUUUCGACUAUGUAUCCUGUUACAAGUAAAGAGAUAUCUCAAACUGAAAUGAUCUCGUUAGAAUCUCGAACAUUUCCUAAUGUUUCAAAUGAAAUUCAUUCGACUUCAACAUCAAAAAUUGAAACAGAAUAUUCGACACACAAAUUAAUUCAUAAUGAAACAAAUACAACUGAAAUUAUUUAUCAAGAGAAUGAUGGUAGAACGUUUAAGUUUAUCAAUGAUACAUCAUUUUCUGAAGAAGGAAAUACGAUCGGAUAUAUUUCAAAUACAAGAUAUUAUACAGCUGUAACUAAAGCUGUUAAAAAGACGACAGAAGAAUCUACAAUGAUAGAAACUAAAACUAAUAGUACUUCAUUUUCCACUAGUACAUCUUUUUUAAAUUUUACGGAAUUUUGGAAAAAUAAAAGCUCGGAUUCAAAUAUGUCACUAAUAGAAGUGCCAAAAACUACAUCUUAUUCAUUAAUAGAUAAAUGGUCAUCUAAAGAACUAUCAAAAUCUUCAAGUACAGAAAGUUCUACAUUUAGUAGUUCUACUUUUACUAAUAAUAUUUCUUCAGUUGCAACAAUUAAUAGUUCUAUAAAACCAACAUUUGAAAUCUAUCAAAUGAAUACUACCAAUAAAGAAGAUGAACAAUUUUUAACAAAAGAUAAAUCAGUAACAAUUUCAGAAAAUUCUAUCAUUCCUAAAUGUUAUGGAAUAUUGUGUCCAAAUUCCACAGUAUCACCUAUACGCAACGAUAAUAAUUGUAAUUGUUCGUAUCAUAAAAAUUGUAAAACUGAUCCAAAUAUAAUGCGCGCGGCAUUUAAUGGAAAAUCUUACGCAAGACAAUAUGUAGAUGUAGAAAUUUCAAACGAUAAUAACGCAACGUUAAAAAUUUUUGUAAGACUUAGAACGCAUUUUAAAGAUGGUAUUAUAUUACAUGUUUAUUUCGACGAUGAAAAAUAUGCUUUGGUAUAUUUAGAAUAUGGUUCUUUAAAGUUUCAAUUCUCCUGUGGAGUUGAAACUAUGUUACUUGGUGAAAUAGACUCGCCUAUUAAUAAUGGAUACGAAGCAGACAUAGAUACAAGAUUUGAAUAUUUCAUGAAAAAUGAAACCAAUAAAUGUUCGGCUCGUUUAUUAGUAAAUGGAACAACAGCAGUUAGUGGAGAACAAAUUUUACCAUUACAUGGAAAUCUUCCACGACAUGCUAAUUUACAUUUAGGUGGUAUACCAUUGGUAUUUUCCCAUUAUUUUGCCCAUGUCUCUAUGGGAUUUACAGGUUGCAUGAAUUCACUAAAGGUGAAUGAUAUAUCACGUCAUUUUAUUCACGAUUCAAUUGAAACAUUUCAAAUUGAAGAUUGUAUAUCAUUUCUAUGCUUGUCAAAUCCAUGUCAAAAUUUUGGUGCAUGUAACGAAAUAAAUAAUACUGUGCAUUGUAGAUGUAUAGCCGGAUACACCGGUCUUUUUUGUGAACGUUCAACAUGUGAUGAAAAUCCUUGCGCUUUGGGUGCAACUUGUAUCAAUUCACCAGGUACAGGUUUUGUUUGCGUUUGUCCACUUGGAACUCAUGGGCUUUUAUGUGAAAAAGAUACUGUUAUAAUGCGACCAUCAUUUUCGGUACUUGUACCUGGAUUCUCAUCAUAUAUUGCUUAUGGAAUUUCAAAUUCUAUAAAAGAUACAAUGGAAUUGAAACUAAAAUUUAUACCGCGUACUUAUGAGCAAAUAUCUUUAAUAGCUUAUUUAGGACAAAGUGGAUCUCAUCAAGAUUUAUCAGAUCAUCUUUCCAUAACAUAUGUUCGUGGUUAUAUUAUGUUAACAUGGGAUUUAGGAGCAGGUGUACGAAGAAUAUUUACAAAUGUUUCUUUGAUUACUACAACAACGGCAACAAUGAAUAAAAAUAUAGCAUACACAAUUCGAAUUGGAAGAAGAGGUCGAGAUGCAUGGCUUGCAGUAGAUGGCAUAGGCAAUGUAACUGGACGAGUGGCUGGAUCUAUGACUCGACUCGAUGUAUCACCAAUACUUUAUAUUGGUGGACACAAAUCAAAAAACUUUGAAUCUUUACCUCAUGAUUUACCACUUCAUACUGGAUUUUCUGGUUGUAUAUUUGACAUUGAACUACGUACAAAAACUACUAUUUAUCCAAUAACCAAUUCAAGCCCUGCAACAGGUCGUGGUGUUGGUGAAUGUCACAGAAAUGAAUGCAUUCAUCAUUUAUGUAAAAAUGGUGCAAUAUGUUUAAAUCAUGGAGCAACAUAUAGUUGUAUUUGUACAAAAGAUUGGAUGGGAUCUGACUGUUCCAUACCAAUAGAAACAUUAUCUUCUGUUAAUCCAAUUUCUUGCCAUAGUUCAAAAUAAUAAAAAUAUUAUGUUACUGUUUAAUUUUAUUUCAA